AUGAUUGAAGUGAAAGAGGAGAGUCAAGCUAAAGUGGAUGAGAAACAUCAGAUUGUAAAAAUUAACCAUAAUGUUUCACAGAAAGAAACUCUGAAAACAGAAGACAUAAAGUGUGAAACGAGUUUCCGAAAAUGUGGUCGCCCUGCAGAUCACAAGAGGACUCACAGUGAGGAGAAACCUUUCGCAUGUCAACAGUGUGGAAAGAGUUUCAGAUCUAAAAGUAAACUUGAGGCUCACCUGAGAAUUCACACUGGAGAGAAACCGUACACGUGUCAUCUUUGUGGAAACAGUUUCACAGUUAUAUCUACCCUUAAGAAACACAUAAGAAUUCACACUGAUGAGAAACCCUACAUGUGUCAACAGUGUGGAAAGAGUUUUAAAACUUCAAGUGACCUUACGAGGCAUGUGAAAAUUCACAGUGGAGAGAAACCAUAUGCGUGCCAAGAGUGUGGAAAGACUUUUACAUCUAUAAGUUACCUUAAGAAACACAUGAUAACUCACACUGGAGAGAAACCACAUGUGUGCCAUGAGUGUGGAAAGAGGUUUACAUCUAAAAGUAAACUUAAGGCUCACAUGAGAAUUCACACCGGGGAGAAACCUUACACAUGUCAACAGUGUGGAAACAGUUUCGCAGUUGAAUCUAGCCUUACGAAACACAUGAGAAUUCACAGUGGAGAGAAACCUUACACGUGUCAACAGUGUGGAAAGAGUUUUAAAUCUUCAAGUGACCUUACGAGACAUGUGAAAAUUCACAGUGGAGUGAAACCACAUGCGUGCCAUGUGUGUGGAAAGACUUUUACAUCUGCAUGUAACCUUAAGAAACACAUGAUGUCUCACACUGGAAUGAAACCGUUUACAUGUCUUCAGUGUGGAAAGAGUUUCAGAGAUAAAAGUAACCUUGAGAUUCACAUGAGACUUCACACUGGAGAGAAACCUUACACAUGUCUUCAAUGUGGAAAGUGUUUCAGAACAAAAGCUAACCUUGAGAUUCACAUGAGACUUCACACUGGAGAGAAACCUUACACAUGUCUUCUUUGUAAAAGGAGUUUCACAACAAAAGCUAACCUUGAGAUUCACAUGAUGCUUCACACUGGUGAGAAACCGUUUACAUGUCCUCAUUGUGGAAAGAGUUUCACAACAAAAGGUAUCCUUGAGACUCACAUGAGACUUCACACUGGAGAGAAACCGUUUGCAUGUCCUCAUUGUGGAAAGAGUUUUAUGUGGAAAUCAAGUCUUAGAAAUCACCAGCGCUUGCAUUCUGAAGAAAAGACAUUCAACUCUUCUGUGCAGUGAUGAGUUUAUUAUGACAUUUGAAUCAGAAGAUACACACGAGUGGUCAUGAGUGGAUAUGUAAAGUCUUACCGUGAGUUCACACCAGCUGCGUCUGAGGCGUUAAAAUCGCGUCUAGUUUGCCGCUUGAACAUUAUGGGGCGCUUUCCCAGACAGGGAUUGGACUCGUCUUAAGCACUAUUCGGACGGGAUUAGUUUUCCAAACGCCGUUUGAGUUUCAACGUGUCCCCCAGGACGUCUGUGAUUUUAUGCACCGAUCCGGACGGGAUUAAAAUGAUGCAGGCUAUUCUAGAGAUGGGAGUGUCUGUUUCAUGCAUUUGGGCGUUGCCGUAGCACGUGCUCUGGAUACGCGUGAUUGUAAUGUUUAAUAUUUUGCUUUAAAUGUAAAAUUAUGACAGAACAUGUAAUUUAUUAAUUUAAUUUUAAGAAAUCAAAAUAAAAUAUACAAAUCCUACUAAAGUAACGUUAGCCUACGUGUUUUAUAUAACUGUCUGCUUAUAAUAAACACAAAGAAAUGAAGAAAUAAUGAUUAAUAAAAAUGUAUUAUCUUUAUUAAUUAACAUUACCAUUCCGGAGCUGAACAACUUUGAACGGAGUUUCUUAUAACGUUAAUGAUAUUACAGUGGCCAGCCUUAACAGUGUAUGAUAUUCAGCUCGUCUUGAUUUAAUUAUUUUAUUUUGCUGAAUGCGAAAAAACAUUAAUAUCUGAAUGAAUGGGACACAAUACAUGGGAAAUACAAUAUACGCGCAUUAUUAAGACCUUACGGCAGAUCACGUUGGCCAAAACACGACAAGAACUGCGUUUUCAAAAGAUAUUGCGGGCAAACACAGACAUUUGCAUUCGGACGGGAUUAAAAAACAGUAGGUAAAUUACUCUGGAAUUCUUACGGAGGUCGUCAGAGAAAAACACAGACAUGGCCGAUUUGGACAGGAUUAAAAACACAGAUGACCUCUGAGAAGCACAAUUUUCUCAGAGGUCCCCCUGUAAUACUAAUCCCGUCCGAAUAGGACUUUAGACUUAAACAUUUUUAAGAGCUGUCCAAACUGAAAACAACUUGCACUAACAUAUCUUAAAAUACAUCAGUACCCUUUGUUUUGCCUCAAAAUGCACAAGGCAUGGAAAAUGAUGGUUUUAUUUCAUAAUUAAUCUAAGGCCUAGUCCUGGAUUAAGAUUAUCCCUGUCCGGGAAACUGCCCCUUUGAUUUGAAAUUCGCAAUCUAGCACUAAAGGUAAAUCUAAUCUUUACAUUAGAGCAAUGAAGUUUAGUGACGAUUGACCAAUCAGUGAUCUACUCUGUUUUCGCGUCAUCAGCUUGGGUCGCUUGGAACCCCAACCGAGGUGGUAUGAAAAAACGGGUACUACGUACUGCACCCAAUGGAAAAGCUCCCAAAAGCAAGCUGACCCGACCCAAACUAAACCAAACCGUGGGGUACUAUGCAAUGGAAACUGAUUGGUUAUCAUUUUGUUUCACGUGACUAAGCGCAAGUGUCCGCAACAUUGUGCUCGAGGUUUCCCCCACAUAUCAGUAGGGGUGGGACAAAAAAUGUAUUCUUGGAUGAAUCGCGAUUCAGACGUGGGCCGAUUCUGAAUCGAUUCACAAAUGUUAGUUUACAAAAUAAUAACAUGACGUUAUCAUAACCAAAAGGCGUAACUCAACUGGGGGAGCGGUGCUGCACACGGACAACUUAAGAGAGCAUGCACUGCACGAGUGCACAGUGGAGCUUACAUGAGCAGAAGAGAAAGAAAUAAAAUCUAGAACAGCCCUGUUUGACUCAUUCUAAACUGCAAGAAAACAAGAUACACUUUGGGAUAGUCUUUCUCUGCCUUUUCUCUGUUCAGAGAGCAGCAGGGAGAAACGGCACAUUUAAUUUAAUGACUCUUCUGGCUAGGGGUGGGCGAUAAACCGGUUGACAUGAUUAACCGGUAGAAAUUUGUCAACCGGUAGAGAUUUUGGACUAUCGUCUCUAUCGAGGUUACGCGCCCACGUCACACUCCUGUUUGCGUGGUUGUGGAAAUGAAACGUUUGUACACGUUUUGAAGAGCCGCAGUUUUAAAACAAGUUAUUUUAAGCCAUUGAAACACAAAUAACAGAUCUAUAUGUGUGCGCUCUUUCUGUCUGUGAGGAGCGCGCAAGUCGCGCAACUGCUGCUCUUUCUGUCUAUGAGGAACGGACAAGUUGUGAAACCGCUGCUCAUUAAGCUUGUGAGCAUUUUUCCCGCUUUAUUGGCUUUAAAUACAUAUAUGCGUCAAAAUUCCCGCAUUUGCAAGCAUCCUCAUAAACACGACCAUUUAGGACUUAAGACAAAGUUAACGGCUAAGAGAAAACGCAUGUGAAACAUAAAGUAGGGUCCGGACCUUGGUCUUAAAGGGGAAGUUUCCUAAUUCUGUUCCUGUCUGUCACUCAUGUUUAAGCAUUAAGAGAAAAUCUCUACGUACUUCUGGCUAAUAGCGUUUCCCUAAGCCAUCCGCUGACUGUUUAGAUAUAAAGACAUGAAUAUACUUCUGUAAAAAUAUGCACAUAGUUUGUUUUUCAGUUGCUGGGUGCGCUGCAUUAUAUAAAUAACAGUAAUACUGCCAAUCACUGUGUAUAAUGAUGAUGCUAGACGCUUAACGUUAGUCAGUUCGUGGAAGUUAAUGACGGUUAACAUAUAGAAUUAAUAUGUCACGUUUAAUUACUAUUUUUACUGUUUUUAAUGUCUUACAACAGAAACAGGACAAAUAUGUAUAUAAGAAUGACAUUAUUUAUCCCUUAGUUGCAUUAAAGUACAGUAUAUGACAGUUCAGAGACUAGUAGCAAAAGCGCAAAUAUUAACCUGGCUUUGAGAGCAAAUGUGACGUAAUGACGUCACAGAUGUGCAAAUUAGUACGUCAAGAAUCUAUUCUAAAUCGAUUCUGAAUCGAUUCAUGAGGGUCCAAGCGAUUCCCACCACUACAUAUCAGGUUUCUGAUUUUAAAUAUUUAAUAUGUUGAAUAUUUCUGAAAAAUUCACACUUAAGAGAUGUUAUGUGUUUUGAUUGUGAAAACAGUUUUGAUGUGUCAAUCAUUUCUUUAUUACUGUGCUUCUGUUUCUUGUUCUUUUGGGGGUCUAUAUGAUCCCAGACCCUCUUCAAAUAGUUUAAAAACAUAUGCAGUGUUA